CAUUGUCCUUUGGCCUUUGGGCAUUGGUGAAGUUGCAGUAGUGAGUGCAUAGCUAGCUACAAGCUAUCUUCUCUUUUAUCUCUCCACUUUGUUUAUUUCCGCUUUAGGGUUUUUUUCACCAAAAGUGUCAAGAAGUGGUAAUACCCUCAGCCCAUUCUUGGUUUCUCGUACCAAAUUACACCUCUUUUUCGUGUUUGUCUCGGAAAUCUUUAUGUGAUAAUUAUUUGGUGGGGUGAGAGUGAGUGAGACUACUACAAUUCCUGCAACAGUGUAGUUACUGUGUUCUGGGAUUUUGGGUGUGAAUUCAUUCCAUUUUUUCUUUUUUUGCUGUGUUAUUUUAUUUUAUUCCAUGUUUAUCUGUCUGGUAUGGAGUUCCAUGUGUUCUUGUCCACCCCCCAUAUCCUUUGCUUCCUUGCAGAUUACAGACCCUUUCUGAUUUGAUUCUUUUUGGGAGCUCAUAAGGUGAGAGUUUAGUUCUUUCUUUCUUUGUUUAUAUGUUAGGUUAGAAAUUAGAAAUUAGAAAUUAGAAUCGUUGAUUAAGCAAAGGGGAUUUGGUGUGGUGAAAUAAAGGGGAUAUGGUGUCGAGAUCAUAUUCAAACUUGUUGGAGUUGGCCUCCGGCGAGGCGCCGUCGCCGUCGUUUGGCCGGAUGAGCCGCCGGAUUCCGCGGAUUAUGACGGUGGCCGGAAUCAUGUCGGAUUUGGACGAUGAUGCGUCGGAGAGUGUGUGCUCGGACCGAUCCUCAUCGUCCGCUCAGAGGGAUAGGAUUAUAAUUGUGGCAAAUCAGUUGCCAAUUAGGGCACAGAAGAAAGGGGGAAAUGAGGGGAAAGGAUGGAUUUUCAGCUGGGACGAGAAUUCGCUUCUCCUCCAGCUGAAAGAUGGAUUAGGGGACGAUGAAAUUGAGGUUAUAUACGUAGGUUGUUUGAAAGAGGAAGUUCAUCCCAAUGAACAGGACGAGGUUUCCCAGAUUCUUCUGGAAACCUUCAAGUGUGUGCCCACUUUUUUGCCACCUGAUCUGUUUAGUAGGUACUACCAUGGCUUCUGUAAGCAGCAGCUGUGGCCGCUUUUCCACUACAUGUUGCCCUUGUCGCCCGAUCUGGGCGGGAGGUUCAACCGCUCGCUGUGGCAGGCGUACGUGUCCGUGAACAAGAUAUUCGCGGAUAGGAUCAUGGAAGUGAUUAACCCCGAGGAUGAUUUCGUGUGGAUUCACGAUUAUCACCUCAUGGUGUUGCCCACCUUCUUGAGGAAGCGGUUUAAUCGAGUGAAGCUCGGGUUCUUCCUGCAUAGCCCCUUCCCGUCGUCCGAGAUUUACAAGACUUUGCCUAUUAGGGAAGAGCUCUUACGAGCUCUCUUGAAUUCGGAUUUGAUCGGGUUCCAUACGUUCGACUAUGCCAGGCAUUUCCUCUCGUGUUGUAGCCGGAUGUUAGGGCUAUCUUACGAGUCUAAACGAGGCUACAUAGGGCUCGAGUAUUAUGGUCGGACUGUGAGUAUUAAAAUUCUUCCGGUCGGGAUACACAUGGGGCAGCUUCAGCAAGUGCUUAGCCUCCCGGAGACUGAGGCGAAAGUUGCAGAAUUGAUGAAACAGUUUAAUGGUCAGGGAAAGACAAUGCUGCUCGGAGUUGACGAUAUGGAUAUAUUUAAAGGGAUUAGUUUGAAGUUACUUGCAAUGGAACAGUUGCUUCUGCAGCAUCCCGAGAAGCAGGGGAAAGUUGUUCUAGUGCAGAUAGCCAACCCUGCCCGGGGCAAAGGAAAGGACGUGAAGGAAGUGCAGGACGAGACUUACACAACGGUGAAACGGAUUAAUGAAAACUUUGGCAAACCCGGGUAUGAACCCGUUAUCUUGAUCGAUCAGCCGCUGAAGUUCUAUGAACGGGUUGCUUACUAUGUUGUGGCGGAGUGUUGUUUGGUGACUGCGGUUAGGGAUGGAAUGAAUCUCAUACCUUAUGAGUAUGUAAUAAGCCGUCAAGGAAACGAGAAACUGGAAAAGGUUUUGGGAUUAGAGUCACCCGCUGCCAAGAAGAGCAUGCUGGUCGUAUCCGAGUUUAUCGGGUGUUCCCCGUCUUUGAGCGGAGCAAUUAGGGUAAACCCGUGGAAUAUUGAUGCAGUGGCAGAUGCCAUGGAUGCCGCUCUGGUGAUGGCUGAGCCCGAAAAACAGCUUAGACACGAUAAACAUUACAAGUAUGUUAGCACCCAUGAUGUUGGCUAUUGGGCUCGUAGUUUCUUGACAGAUUUGGAGAGAACGUGCAAGGAUCACGUAAGACGCAGAUGCUGGGGCAUUGGAUUUGGAUUAAGUUUUCGGGUUGUUGCACUCGAUCCGAAUUUCAGGAAGCUUGCAAUGGAUUACAUAGUUUCGGCAUAUAAGAGGACAAGAACCCGGGCUAUCCUAUUAGAUUAUGACGGCACUUUAAUGCCUCAAAAUACAAUUGACAAGAAGCCGAGUGCUAAAACCCUUGAAAUUCUGAAUACUUUGAGUAGAGAUAAGAACAAUAUGGUUUUCAUUGUGAGUGCUAGAAGCCGAGAGAAAUUGGAUGAUUGGUUUUCGUCUUGCGAAAAACUUGGGAUUGCUGCUGAGCAUGGCUAUUUCUUGAGGGUGAAGAAAGAGGAAGAAUGGGAGACUCGGGUGCCAGUAGUGGAAUGCGGGUGGAAACAAAUUGCAGAGCCCGUCAUGCAGCUUUACACUGAAACUACUGAUGGAUCAGCGAUUGAAGACAAGGAAACUUCGAUGGUUUGGUGUUAUGAGGAUGCAGAUCCCGAUUUUGGAUCUUGCCAAGCUAAAGAACUUCUCGAUCACCUCGAGAGCGUCCUUGCUAAUGAGCCUGUCACGGUUAAGAGCGGGCAGAAUACCGUGGAAGUUAAGCCACAGGGUGUGAGCAAAGGGCUUGUAGCGAAACGCCUACUCUCCCUGAUGCAAGAGAGGGAGAUGUCACCGGAUUUUGUUCUGUGCAUAGGCGAUGACCGAUCAGACGAAGACAUGUUCGAGGUGAUUAUGAAUUCGGUGGCUAGCCCGUCCAUGGCCCCGAGUGCAGAAGUGUUUGCUUGCACCGUCGGUAAAAAGCCGAGCAAGGCUAAAUACUACCUCGACGAUACAGUCGAAAUCGUUAGGUUAAUGCAGGGCUUGGCAUCUGUUGCAGAACAACAACAAACGGCCCUUCUAUAAGUAUAUAUAUGUAGGCAGAGACAGGAUGGUUUGUGGAAGAGUUUGUAAAUUACUCCGUACAAAAAAAAAUAUUUAGCAAAAGACGAUUGCGAGGAAACAUUGAAUGUUACAUGUUAUUGUUUUGGAUUUCGCCAGAUGCUUGGUUAAAAACUUAUAUUGAUUUGGUUGCCGUUCCAGGAUUGUGUUCA